AUGUGUAAGAAAGCUACCUGCUCCUCCUGCAAGAAGUCCACCUGGUUCGGCUGUGGUCUGCACAUCCCUUCGGUGAUGGACACCAUCCCCGAGGGUGAGUGGUGCUCUUGCACUCCUCAGGUUGAGAAGGAGGGCAAGAAGUACCCUCCUAAGGCUUCCCAGGCUGCUUGA